AUGAGUUGGAGUUUUCUGACCCGUCUGUUAGAGGAGAUCCACAAUCACUCCACCUUUGUUGGCAAAAUCUGGCUGUCGGUGUUGAUUGUAUUUCGGAUUGUCCUAACUGCCGUGGGAGGAGAAUCCAUUUAUUACGAUGAACAAAGCAAAUUUGUCUGCAACACGGAGCAGCCUGGCUGCGAGAAUGUUUGUUACGAUGCUUUCGCUCCCCUUUCGCACGUGAGGUUUUGGGUCUUUCAGAUCAUUCUCAUUGCCACGCCGUCUGUGAUGUAUUUAGGCUACGCAAUCCAUAAAAUCGCCCGCAUGGUGGAACACAGCGAAGCCGAUAGAAGAAUCCGAAGCAAAAGCUUUUCCAUGCGCUGGAAACAACACCGUGGCUUAGAGGAAACGGAGGAGGACCACGAGGAAGACCCGAUGAUGUACCCUGAGAUAGAGCUGGAAAGCGAGCGGGAGAAUAAAGAGCAGCAGGCCCCUGCCAAAGCCAAGCACGACGGCAGGCGGCGAAUCCGGGAAGAUGGACUCAUGAAAAUUUACGUGCUGCAGCUUCUGGCGAGGACUACGUUUGAAAUCUGCUUUCUGGUGGGGCAGUAUUUGUUGUACGGCUUUGAGGUCCGCCCCAUCUUUGUGUGCAGCAGGAAGCCGUGCCCGCACAAGAUCGAUUGUUUCAUUUCCAGGCCAACCGAAAAGACCAUUUUCCUGCUCAUCAUGUACGGGGUGAGCUGCAUGUGUUUACUUUUGAAUGUCUGGGAGAUGCUCCACUUGGGAUUCGGCACAAUCCGGGACACGCUGAACAACAAGAGGAAAGAGCUGGAAGACUCUGGUACCUAUAAUUAUCCUUUUACCUGGAAUACUCCAUCCGCUCCUCCUGGCUACAACAUCACCGUCAAGCCAGAGCAAAUGCAAUACACCGAACUGUCCAACGCCAAGAUGGCCUACAAACAGAACAAAGCCAAUAUCGCUCAGGAACAGCAGUACGGAAGCAACGAAGAAAACAUUCCUGCCGACCUGGAAAAUCUGCAGAGGGAAAUUAAAGUGGCUCAGGAGCGCCUGGAUCUCGCCAUCCAGGCUUACAACAACCAAAACAAUCCCAGCAGUUCCAGAGAGAAGAAAUCCAAAGCAGGCUCGAACAAAAGCAGUGCCAGUAGCAAGUCAGGAGAUGGGAAGAACUCUGUCUGGAUUUGACGUUGGCUGAGUUUAUAUAUUGUGGGUUUUUUUCUCCUAGUUCAUCAUAACCAGCAACCCCUCGAAUAACGGCUUCCAUUAAGUAAAUAUUUGACUCUGUUUAUUUUCAGGGAUACCGUUGGCUAGUGAUUCGAGCUCUCAGAAAGGGUUUGUACACAUAUUAGUAGGAUUCUAGAACUUUAUUCUUCUGUCUUCCAAGUCAGGAGACAACUGGGUAUAUUGAAAUCAUUCUCAUUGAACGGUUUAUGCUGUAUGUACAGUAUUCUAGUACAUUUAUUAUGCACAAUUUUUUGUAUUUGUACACUGGAUCUCUAAGUUUCCCUUUUUUAUAUUAAUGAGGAGAAAGCAAUGGGUAGCUGUUAGCGUUUGGCUAGUUUUAGUACUGUGGUCCACAGUUUCGUCGUCGUUCUUCCUUGUUUUAAACGUAAA